GUGUGUAUGUGUCGGCUUCUUUUACUGCCGGGAGGAUGUGUCGCAAUGUUAAUUUAUUUCACUUGAAGCCACACUUCCUUUUUUACCUUCUCUGUAUUUGCGCCUAAAGAGACAGCGGCGAACAUGUAGCCUAGGCGAUGUGUUGAUAGUCUCAACAUUUGUACUUGAUAAACAGUUUAAGUAGAUUGUCAUCAGAAAAACUGAAGAAAACCUGGAUGAUGUAACGUUAAGCAGUGCUAUUCUGAUAAUAAGAUACACGAGUCGAGACUGGUGAGCGCAGUGGGAGAAACCAGAAUUGAAACCUGCGGUGCGCCAGUGAGGGUGAGCUGUUGAGGGAAUAGGUGAGCGGUCUGAUGGAGAGCCCGUCUUCUACGACCAGGCGUCAGGCCUGGGUCCAGACCAGUCGACAGUGGCUAACCCUGGAAGAACUAGAUCCACAGGUACCAGGACCAUACAUCCACGCCUCUGCCCACCCAUCUACCCUACAACGACCAGGAUAUACCCAUCCUUCUGCCCCACAUGGACCACCAUACACCCAUCCCUCUGAUCAACACCAGUCUGUAUCAGAGGAUGACGUCUUCUCAGAUGGAUGCUCUGCAGGAAAGAUUGAGACCUGGCUUCUGGGCUGUGGGCUGGAGACAGGCUCAGAGAACUCUAGCAAUAAUCUGACUGUUGAGUCUCUGCUGAAAGCGAACAGUUUUGAAGAUGACCUGAGUCUGGGUGCCGAGGCUACAGCAUUAAAUGUCAAAGGAGUCUCAGAACUGAGGGUGCUGCUUCCGCCACCCAAACAUCUUCACAGAGGUGGAGUCACCACCAGUACUCCCCGUCAGAGGCUGGCUCUGCCCUUACUCCACCUCGGUUACAGUAUUGCCUCCAGUGGCUUCUCCAACAGCACCAGUAAGGCAUCAAGUGUGUCUGAGGUGCUGCAACUGUGUGCAGAGGAUGCAGAGGAGACUCUGUACGAUUUGGGGUUCGGAUGUGACGAGCCUGAUGUUACAGACCGCAUCCCCACCCGUUUCCUCAACUUCCCUUCCCAGCUUCACGGUAUCAACUUCCGCCUCUUCCUCCAGUCCCAACUGUACCGCCUCCGACAGGAGGACCCAGGACUCUCUCUGGCCAGUCGUUUCAGGCAGGUAGAGGUGUUAACAGCCAUGGCCAAUGCCUUCUACUCCCUCUACUCCCAUGUGUCCCGCAUGCCCCUUCAGAAGCUCUCCCCUCCCGAGUUCAGCAUCUCCCCCACCGCCGACAUGCAGACUGGACGGCGCUUCAUGGGAAGCGUUCGCAGCGAACCGAGGUCUCCAGUGGAGCGAUUUAAGGACACGGUUUCUAAGAUGUGCCUGUAUACUAGUUCUGGUGGUUCCACCCAGCUAGGCUCGGACUCUGCCUGCCACGGUCCGGGAUUUUCUUCCGGACCUGGGUCUGGGUUGUCCCCCAAGGAGAGAAGCAGCCUGCCUGACUUGGUGGGACUGGUCUUGGAGAAUGCCAAGGCAGAGGCUGUAUCCAGAGACAUGGAGGAGGAUAAUCAGGAUACAGGGGACAGUAAUGGGAUGAGUGCUGCUGUGGACACGAGUACUAUGGUGAAGGAUAGAGAGACAGAGACACAAGGACACAUAGACACAGUCAGUGACAAGGAGAUGGAGCAGGGUUUGUUAUCAGAUGUACAGAAUAUGGACACAGGGCAUAGUAGUUUGAUUAGUUUUGUGGAGCCACAUCUGGUCAAGGACAGAGCGACGGAGACACAGGGACAUAGAGACACAGUCAGAGGCAAGGGGUUGGACCAGGGAUCGUCAUCAGAUGGGGAUGGGGCUGAUUUAGAGAGAGAGAGAGACAACGAUGGAACUCCAAAUCUUCAAGCAUCAUCACUUUCAGAAUCAGGUCAGCGAGAACCCAGUAGUAGAAUGAAGCUGGACUUUUGCCUUACUACUUCAAGUUCUACUUGUGAGGUUGGAGAAACUCACAACACAAUUCAUCCCACAGACUGGGCAGCGGUGGUGGCACCGGUUGCCAAGGUUACCCAUGACGUCAUAUGUUCUCAGGUCGUUGAGAGUGUGCACCAGGCACUCUACAGCAGUCAACUACAACAGUGGAAUAAUAACACACAGAUGGCGACCAUUUUGUCGUCUGUUGUGUCCUCUGAGAAUGUCAGAUCUGACCGGUCCUUCACCACAUCAGACGCACUACACAAAUCCAGGGAGGAGAAGGAUUUAACUACCAAUAACUCAGCCAAGAGUUUAGAGGUCGCCAUAACUCCCAUUCUGAGUUAUGAGGGUGAGUCUGAGGGUGACUCUCGUUUGGGAGAAACUGGGACACUGGUGGAGUCAACGUUCGUGCCCAUAAAGCUCCCUAGUGGAAAGAGGUCCCCUUGUCUAAUCACUGUAACUGAUGUGGCUUGUAGUUUUAGUUCUGCAUACACACCGGAGAUGGAUCUCACUCCCAGUGGUGGUACCACUGAGGUGCCUUCAGCAGCCCAGUAUUAUCCAGGUGUAUGGGAGAACAAGUGGUGCCUGAGUCCUCUGAAACCGCCACCAAUCCGGGUCCAAGGGGAGGCAUCCCACAGUCUUCAACAGGCCAACUCCUUUGAGCUAGAGGAGGUACAUAGUGCAGGGGAGGAAGACUUUGGACAGCAAGAAACCAUAAGGUCAACAUCUUUGUCACUGUCUACUGUCAAUCAAAACACAGGUCUGGUGGUUCGAGGGGACAGCAUGCAGUCAGACAGUAGUGGCUAUGCUGAUGAAGACGUCAUCUCUUCAGUCUACUCCACUGACAGAGACAAGAGCUGACAGACUGAUAAGGGUUGAGUUCCUGCCUGACUCGAUACGCAGGCAUUGCAUUGCAUCAACCAAUGGUCGCGUGCCAUGUCAUCGACUGUGCAGUUGGGCAUCAGAUUACUAUAUCAUACGAUGUGGUUAGGUGAUAUGUUAAAUACCUAUCAAGGCAUCGUAGUCAGGCAGGAACUUGACCAAGGCCCUCUGGGAACUAGACUCAGGGAACUCUGUGAGUAUUAUUUGUAUGAGUCACACAGAAACAUGUUCAUCCAACAGAUACUGAUUGUUUGAUUAUGAGGUAUGAGGUCUGUUCAUGUUAGUGUUAAUGACAUUAUGAAUCAGGUGGCAUCAGUCGGUGCAUUCUGAAUGCUGCCACUCCUAUGCAACACCAGUCCUUUGACUGAGUGCAGACAGAGUAAUCUGAUGGAAAGGAUUGCCCUGGAGGUAUAGUCCACACAUACUGUUUAAUUGUGAAGAGAUUGUCCUAUCUCCAUGUAUAGUGUUACUGUUGAUGACAAUCAUUAAAUCGAUGUUGUCACACCCUGAUCUGUUUCACCUGUCUUUGUGCUUGUCUUAACCACCCUCCAGGUGUCGCCCGUCUUCCUCAUUAUCCCCAGUGUAUUUAUACCUGUGUUUUGUC